CUGGAACUAUAAAAACAUCGGCGAUAAAAUAUUUCUACAGUUAAACAAAUCGCAAACCACAAUGCUUAAACUAAUUUUACAAACAGUUUUCGUAAGUAUUUUCUAUCCAACGGUACAUGGUGCAUUAAUAGCUUGUCAACAAUCAAUCACCACUGUCAGUGGAACAGGAGCCCCCGAUGGAAGAAUUUGUAAAGGCGAUUUAAUUUUUAACGAAAAUUUUGACAAGUUUGAACUUAAAACGUGGGAACAUGAACGGACAAUGGGAGGAGGAGCGAGCAACGAGCAGUUCCAGGAGUAUCGUAAUAACAGAAGCAACAGCUUUGUUAGAGAUGGUGUUCUGCACAUAAGACCUACUUUGCUCGCUGAUGAAAAAGGAGAAGAAUUUCUUUACAACGGAACGAUUAAUCUUAAUGGAGCCUUCCCGAAUGAACAGUGUACCAUUCCUGGAUAUGAUGGCUGCCUUAGAACGGGAAACGACACUAUAAUACUAAAUCCUAUUAAAAGUGUCAGAAUCCAUACUGCAUAUUCUUUCUCUUUUAAAUAUGGGAGAGUAGAAGCCAAACUCAAAGCCCCAUUGGGUGACUGGCUAUGGCCAGCUCUGUGGAUGAAACCAAGAUACAACGAUUAUUCAACCUGGCCUAGUUCGGGUGAAAUAGACCUUAUGGAAAGCCGAGGAAAUAGACGCUUCGUAAAAAACGGAGUAAAUAUUGGAGUGGAACAAGUCGGCUGCACGUUACACUGGGGGCCAUUCUCCUCGUUGAACCGAUAUCCAUUAACACACUACACAUUGAACAAUCCAGAUGGUUGGCAUUCAGAGUUUCAUAUCUAUGAAAUGUAUUGGAAUACGACAUCUAUAACUUUUUCAAUCGAUAAUACAGUUUUGGGUACUGUCUCUCCUCCAGAAGGAGGCUUUUGGGAACUUGGGAAUUUCCCAACUAACAUAGAAAAUCCUUGGGCAGCGGGUACCAGGAUGGCACCUUUUGAUCGAGAGUUUUAUUUCAUCAUAAAUCUUGCAGUAGGUAGUACCUCGUGGUUUUCAGACUCCGCUCAAAAUGACGGUUAUCCAAAGCCUUGGAAAAAUACAGAUGGUCGAGCAAGUAUGACUGAGUUCUGGAAGGCAAAAGAUUUAUGGAUGCCAACUUGGAAUAUGACGACUGACAGUAGUCACUUUCAAAUUGACUACAUAAAAGUGUACGCGCUGUGAAUACUUUUAUUAAACAUUUAUAUUGCAAACAAUACUUAAUUUAUUUAUGUUAUAGCUAGAUAGUUUAAUUUUUGAAAAUUUUGUAUAUUUAUUUAAAUAAAUUUUAAAUUCUUG